UUUUUCACAUGAAUUUUUUUCAUCAGUUGAUGGGAAAACGGCUAGCUAGCCUGCUGGCUAAAUAAGCUUACUUUUUACUACAAAUUCGUGUUAGAUGUUUAUGACAAUCAAUGUUUUAUUUUAAGCAAGUCUGAGUCUUACUGACUUCAGGAACCUCGCGGCUAACGAUAAUGCAAGUCUUUCAUUCAAUAUAUGCAUUAGCUAACUAAUGUUAGCUAGCUACUGUAAAUUGUCUAAUAUUGGUGUGUGUGGCUAACUGUUACUAAACGUAACUGUCUCAUAUUCAUAGUUCAUAUUUUACGCUUCAUACUCUACGAUAACUUCAGCUAGUUAUCUUGUGUGUCAGUCUAAAUCCAUCCAUUUGGAAUCACGGCUAAUGUUAGCUAUCUAACUAGUCAGUUAGCCUGACAGCUGGCUAGCUAUUGAACCGGUUGCAAGUCCUCCAUCAUCACAUCUGCCAGGCGGACAACAUGGAUUACCAGAACACAGCGAAUGCAGUUGGGGACUGUCUUUUGAGCUACACCAAGGACGAGUCUGGGUGGAAAGUCUGCAAGAAAUCGAAUGACGUCAUCGUGUCCUGGCGGCCAUCGACUGAGUUCCCUGGGAAUGUAUAUAAGGGGGAGUCGGUGGUGAAGGGAAGUCCAGAGAAGGUAUGGGAGUGUCUGAAGCCAGUGCCAAAUGGACUGCGGGUGAAAUGGGACAACAAUGUCAAGAAGUUUGAGCUGGUAGAGCAAGUCACUGAGAACGUCACUGUCUGCAGAACAGUCACUCCGUCAGCAGCCAUGGGCAUCAUAGCUCCCAGAGACUUUGUCGACGUUAUUCUAGUGAAGCAAUACGAAGACGGCACCAUUACAUCCAAUGCCACCCACGUGAGCCACCCCAGCUGCCCUCCCCAGUCAGGGUAUGUGAGGGGCUUCAACCAUCCCUGUGGCUGCAUCUGUGUCCCCAUCUCUGGGGAGCCAAACAAAACCCAGCUGUUCAGUUUCUUCCAGACGGACCUGGGGGGCUUCCUGCCUCGCUCCGUGGUCGACUCCUUCUUCCCAUCCAGCAUGGUGGAGUUCUACAGCAACCUGGCCAAGGCCAUCAAGUCCCUCAAGGACCACUGAUACACUCAUACUUUACCUUCCCUUAGCCCUGGUCCCAGAUCUGUUUGUGCUGCAUAACCAACUCCUGGCACCAGGUGAUACUCAGAUCUGGGACCAGCAUUCAGCGGGACCAAAAAACACAGAAUGAUUAGCUAUGUGAAUGGCUUAGUUUUAAAGAGGCUAUAUGGAACUUUUCACCUCAGGGGGCUUUUUAACUGAAAGGGACAGAUUGAUGUAAAUGGAUUUUAAAAAUCCUUAUUUGAGAGCAUGGGGCACACCUCCUCAGGCCGUAUCUUUCUAGACUAAAAAUAACGAUUGUGUUGUUUCAUGAGUAAAUAAAUAUUGUUAUAUCAACCAUACAGGCAACACUCAAGACAAAAAUGUAGAUAAACAAUUAGCAACUCAACUUCUGUACAGCCUCUUUAGAUGAGUGGUCACCUGGCCUUGGCUUGGAGCAAACUGUCUGAGCUUAAAGGGAGAUGAUAUUGGAUGAUAUGAGGGAAGGAAGUGUGCAGCUUGUUUGUCCCAGCACUAACACAGCUGAUUUCAGGUCAUUGAGGUCUUGGUUCAUGUGUGUAAUAAUGGUGUGUUAGUGCUGGAGCAAAAAGCCUGCACCCCUGGUACUGUUGCUCUCUAGGACCAGGUAUGGUGGCCACUAGUGUAGUCUUACAAAAAGGUUCUAAUUUCAUUCAUUCAACCCUGGAAAAAGAUUGAAUAGGAAUUUCUCAUAGAGGUUCAUGUGCAAUUUUCUUGAGUGGAAGCGAUUUGAAAUGGAAUUGACCUUAGCCCUGAUGUUAAAGUUGCAAUUUGUAAGUUAUUUUUCCCCCUAUUGUAACAAGAAAGAGUACAAAAACAAUCAUCAUGAACCCACUCCCAAAAAACACACCUUACAUUAUUGGACAUAAUGUAGUUCCUGUUCUUCUUCGUUCGUUUUUUCUUCUUCAUGCGGGUACACUAGCAAACACCCUGCUUCUUAGUCCUCCAACCGGAAAUCCAACUUACAGACCGCACCUUUAAGCACUCUGGGCCGCACCUUUAAGACUAGAUCUAGGGAGGUCAAUUUUGCCAAACUACUUCCAAAACAAAUAUUUCCUGUACCUUUCCUAUUUAGUGAUGCAUUUCCCCCCCUUUUUCCCACCACAAAAGAAUGAGAAUAGAUUUGAAAUCUAUAUUUUGUAUUCAGUGUCCUAAACACACGGAGGAUAUGUCCUCCUUCCCUUUUGUACUGUUGCUGUUGAAUACAGUCCAUUCUGUUCCACUGGCUGCAUCCUACAGUAACAUGCAUGUUGCAUGGACCUUACAGGAACCCCAGAAUGGAAUGGGAUUCCAUUGGGACGAGUCGUACCUCAUUUUUUGUUGUCCGUUGUAUACGGUAGUACUGUACUUGAAAUGUUCUGGUUUAACCUGUCUCCACAGCCCUUUAACCAAUACCUAAAGAUGGAAUCCGCAGUAGGGGGAAACGGUGCCACUGGCCGCUCCACCAGCAUUGUUAUUGUUGUUGCUGAGCUGAGGAGCGUCAUGCAGCAUGGUUAUGAAAUGCAGUACAUAUUGUGUUAUUGUUGUUGCUGAGCUGAGGAGCGUCAUGCAGCAUGGUUAUGACAUGCAGUACAUAUUGUGUUAUUCUAUGGUGCGUGCGAUGAUGUCAGAGAGGGAAAUAACAGUGUUUGUUGUUUGCAGUAACUGGAAAGCGUUAUGGACAUGGUUGUUUUACAGUUGAGGAUUCCAGCUUUAACCAGUAACCUUUAGAGGGUGUAUAUACAGCCGGCAGAUGUGUUCUAGUUACAAUAACCCCCCCCCCCCCCCCCCCCCCCCUAAAACUCUAUCCUAUUCCUAACCUUAACCUCUGCCGGCUUUAUAGAAGCCUAACCUCCAAGCAAGGAUUCCUGCCUCAGUUACUUUUCUCUAUGUAGAUGUCAAACUAAGAACACUGCAUUAUUCUUAAGCAAAGUUAUUUGCAGUAUGUAUGGGCAAAUGGCAAUAUGAACAGCUUCAUCUAAUGAGGAAUGGACAAAGGAACAUCUGCUCGAUUAGAAGAGCUUCUGAAGGAUUUGGGCUUUUAUUCAGUGGGGUACAACAUGGUAUGUGUCCCAUAAGGCUCUGGUCCAAAUUAGGGCACUAUAUAGGGAGUAGGAUGCCAUUUGGGACAGCUAUGGAUUCCAACAUUUUUAAGCACAGCAGCAGCAUAGGACUGCCAUUCUGGCAUCAGUUGUGACUAGUAUGUCAUUUUACACUGUAAAGAAACGUAUUACCAGCAUAGAGAAAACCACUGUCUUUGAUAUGGCACAAGAGGGCAUGGUCAUCUGUCUAGGCCAGGGUGCGUCUCCGUAGCUUUUUAAAAAAUCAUCGGUGAAGGGAAAUAAUGAGAGCAAGCAUCAAUAGUAUUGAGAUGCAUCCCUAGUUGGUGGAGGAAGCCUCUUCAGAAUAUUGAGAUACAGCCCUAUUAGGUGGAGAGGAAGCCUCUUCAGAGUAUUGAGAUACAGUCCUAUUAGGUAGAGAGGAAGCCUCUUCAGAGUAUUGAGAUACAGCCCUUUUAGGUGGAGAGAAGCCUCCUCAGAGUAUUGAGAUUAUAGCCCUAGAAGGUGUCUUCACAGUGAUGUACAGUCAACCAUCUGCAUGCCUGCUGAGUCCUCUACAUGUAUGAUGAUAAGCCAUUAUACUAAUGAUGUUUUAGAUCAAUCUUUUUAGAAGCCUUGUGGUUAAGUUUCCUUUUGAAAUGAAAACACUACUUAACGUCCUUUUCUUAUCCCGAGUGGAUAAUAACCUUAACUGACAAACCUUUACAAGUGCAUUGCAUUCCACCUCAUCCACAACCAAGUCCUAUAUGCUUGCUUUUUUUAUAAUCAUUGUUUGCCAUUUGUUGGUGUAAUACUAUGAAGGCAUUGUUUUGAUGUGUGUUAUUGUACUGUAAGUGGAGCCUGAAGAUCAUACCUACCUACAGUGUAUUGCUGUCUUAAUGUCAGAGUACACACGUUGUCUAUUGGUGGCUUGUUUUGAAAAUGUAAUCCAUCAUGCGUUUUGGGACAGAUAUGUGUGUUUUAGGGUACGUGUUGAAUGCUGUUUGUUGUCCUCAGCUCCUGAUUGGAAAGCACAGCUGCUAUGGAAAAUGGCUGCUAUUGAAAUAUACUAUUAGUUCAGUUGUCAAGCAACACAGGAAAAUAACAUGUUUUUUUAGGUCAGGAUUAGGGUUAUGAAUUCUGGUCAUUUUUCAAAAAUGUUCAAGUUUUCCUGAAAUCCCAGUUGGAAGAUUCCUGGAAUCAGUAGGGAAUACGCAGGGAAUCUGGAAGUCCUCCAACCAGGAUUUCUGGGAAAUUGGGGAAAGUUUUGCGACCCUAAUCCUGACCUGCACUCUACUGUACCGUAGGACUGUACUGUAUACUGUAUGUUCCACCCAGCAGGUUUUGUGUUUCACCAGCAUCUGCAUUAAAAACUACUGAACGUUA